CACUGCUCGAGGUAAACACGGCGAAGAGGACGAAACAAAACAAAUCAUUUCCUCGAGGGAGAAUAUUCCUCUGAAAUUACUUUGCGAAGAGGAAAAUGGCCUGGCGAGGAGCAUUAGGACUGAGGUUACUGGGAAAUGCUUCGAGAUGUGUGUCGAGGGGACCAAGAAAUCCCGAAUUAGUGAGUGUUGCCGGGUCUGCUCCUCCGGCUCGUCACAUUGCGGUUUCGUCUUCGUUGUUCGUGAAGGAGAUUAUUAUUGAUGCAGCAGAUAAACAGACAACAGUUGAGGGCGUCUACAAACAGUCAAAUCGAACUGAUCUGCUGGUCAAGACUGAGCAUACUGAGUGUGGUUCUUGUCCUCUCUGUGCCCUUCAACUGAACCUAAAACAUACUGAUGUUUUGGUUUUGUCCCAGUUCUUGCGCUCAGAUGGAUGCAUGUUGCCAAAACGAAUCACAGGCUUAUGCAAUCCUCAGCAGCAGAAAGUGACCUUUUUAGUUGCCAUGGCACAAAAAGCAGGAUUGAUGCCCAACCUGGCCCCCCAUGGGAGUAAGAGGGAUCCCAAGAAACGGUUUGGAUCUAAGAAACUCAACAGAUAUUUUGAUGAGAAGACAUUAAAGAUUAGAAUAUAAAAUAGUAUGAAUCUGUGUAUUUUUCAUUAUUCUGAUGUAAAAUCUACAUAUGUAAUUAUUCACUGGAAAGAUGUAUUUAAAUGUAAAUAAAAUGAGUGUUUGAAAAA